AUGGAUUCAGAUUCAAAGCGUCAAGAACAAGGAGUUGAUAGAAUUAGUGCAUUGCCCGAUGCACUUGUUUGCCACAUACUGUCAUUCCUUCCUACAAUAUAUGCUGUGUGGACCACCCUUCUGUCCAGGAGAUGGAACAAUUUAUGGAGGUCUCUUCUCAAUUUGGACUUCAAUGACGAAGACUUCCCUACCAAGAGGACUGAUCAUUUUAUGAAAUUUGUUGGUUGCGUAUUUUCCUCUCGUGGCUCAUCAGACAUUCGGAAACUCUCUCUUCGCAUCAACCAUUGUGAGAACCUCAGUAUUGGGGCUUUCUCUCGCGUUUAUAGGUGGAUUUGUGCUGCCACUAGGAAGAACCUUGUUGAACUUGAUUUCUGUCUUUGGUUUGUGUCUAGCUCUGGCCAGAAUGAUGAGUUAGAACUGCCUCUAAGCCUUUUCAAAUGCAAAACACUUGAGGUUUUGUCAUUGCUUUCAAAUUGCAUCACCUACCCUGCUGCUACAAAAGGUUGUUUCCCGAGCCUCAAGGUCUUUAAUGUAUCAGAUUUUCGUCCUGAUGUUGAUUCAAUGCAGAAGUUUUUUUCUCAUUUCCCUGUGCUCGAAGAGUUGACUAUUGAUGCACACCCUUAUUUUUACAAUGUUUUCAAUAUCAAAGUCUCUGCACCUGAAUUGAAGACACUGAGAAUAUCGUUGGACUACUUCAGUCACAACUAUAUGCGUCCCAACAAUAUUUUUAUCAAUGCCCCAAAGCUGGAGAACCUUGGAGUCACAGAUGGUGUUUUGACAAAUUACAUUUUGGAGAGUAAAAGAUGUCCAGAAAGAACUACGAUUGAAUAUGAUGACAGAUGUCGAAAUGAUGAUGAUGAUUGGUUUCGAGAUAAAGAUGAUGUAUUUGAAGAUGAAGCUCCAAGAUUCACUAACCGCGCAGCCGCUUUACUUGCAAAAGUCCAGAAUGUUAAAUAUCUGUCUCUUGAUUCUCGUCCUAAAUGUUUGGAGGCUUGGUGUGUACCCGCUUUGGAAAAUUUGGGCGAAUUGGACUUGGUUCUUCGGGACUGCUACAACUGGGAAUUGCUAACAGAGCUGCUGAAGAGAUCACCUAAGCUGGAAUAUCUUGGCUUAGAACAUAAAAAUACCAGCUAUGAAUUAAUUUAUGAUGAAGUCGAGGAUACCCCAGAGCAUGAAUGGAAUCCACCCGAGUUUGUGCCUAUGUGUUUGUCAUCAAGCCUCAAGACUAUCUGCGUAUACAGAUUCAAAGGAAGGCGGUAUGAGAUGGAAGUUGCAAAGUAUUUGUUAAACUAUGGUGAAGUUUUGAAUACCAUGACUAUUUCAACCAAGAGCCGGUUCAAUACUCAGGAUGGUUGUCCAUAUAAAACAGAGGAAGAGAUAUGCAAGGAAUUUCGCGUGUGUCAAAAGGGCUCAAAGAAUUGCCAAGUUAACAUAAUUUAUGAUGCAGGUUUUGAUUUCAGUGAAUUCCUUUCGAAAGGUUCAGUUUUUAGUUCUUGA